AUGAACUCUACGUCUCGUGCACCAGCCCCAGCGCCGCUAUACACGCUGGGCUUCGGCCGCAACACAUCAACGUCUCCGACGUCUCCCACAUCCCAAAGCACACCGCGAUCAGCCACAACAACAGACGGCUGGGCCAUCCGGGGCGUCAUGGACAGGAAGGACUCGUCAAACUCGGUGUCCUCGACCAUGUCGUCGGCCUCGGCAGCCUCCAUCCCCAGGAGGAAGAAGGUGUCGUCACCGUCGUCCAGCAACGUCAACCAGUACACGCACUGCGGCAGACACACGGACCAGUACCUGUUUAGCGGCUGGUCCAAGGUCUUCAACAGGAAGAACUAA